CUAGGAGCCUGGGUGUCAUGGCGCCGGCCCAUCUAGUCAACAGAACGGAGUGCUUUGCUUGGUAACGGUGUGAGCUGGAGUCAGAGCUGAGAGUUGCAUGGUCUUAAAGACUGUCCUGGGGCCAUGCAGCCAGAAAGGCACAAAUCCAAAGAGGACACCUGGAAGACAGAGGAGCUGAAGAAACACCUAAAGUCGAUGCAAUCUGACAAUGAUAGGAGACAUAAGGAAAGAAGACCUCACCGAGAGGAAGAAAAAGAUGAACUCGCACGACGGCGACAUAAGCUUGAAGAAAGGGUAGAUGAAAGAGAGCAUGCAAAGUAUUCAGAGAGAGACAGACGUGCUGAGAGAGAGAGGGGUGAUGGUCGAGAGCCCCGAAGAGAGAAGGAGAAAACGAGAGAAGGAGACAAGGACAAGCAUCAUGUAUCUGAAAGGCACAGAACCAAGGACAGAGAGAGAACAAGGGACAAAAUGGACGGCGGGGAGAAACCAGUUAAGGAAUAUGGAACAUCUGACCUGGGUAGAGAGGAAAGGAAGAUGAGAGACAGUCUUGAAAAAAGCAAACACAGAAGUGAGGAUCGAGAAAGGCGACAUGUAGAGAGACGAGGAAAGGAAGGGAGAAAGCGGGAGACUGAAGAACGUGAAGAUCAGAGCCUAAGACACCGCAAACAAAGUGGCGAGUUUAAUAGUCAAGAGGCAGACCGGGAAAGAAGAAGUAGUGACCGGAAACCUAGGGAGACCUCUGACCGAGAGAAGAGGAGUCACAGCAAAAGUGAGAGGGGGACACAUUCAGACCAAAGGUCUGCAAAAGAUACUGCAGCAUAUUCAGACAGAGCAAUGGAAAAACAUUCUAGGGAAGGUUAUUCACAUGAUGACGAUAAGGAACAAAGACGGCGAGAUAAAAAGGACCGCAGAACACGUGCACAUGAGGAGAACAUUCCAGUUCCUAAAAGCUGCUCCAAGGAAUCGCUGGCAAAGCAGGAAAGCAAUGAUGAGAAGGAAAUAGAAGAAAAUAUAAAUAACACUGAUGCUGCAAAUGAGGAUUCUACAAACUAUGAAGAAGAUUUUGAAGAUUAUGAUGAUGAUUUUGAAGAUGAGAGAGAAGAAGACCGGACUACAGACAGAACACCAGAACCUAAAGCAGUCUCCAGGAAUGCAGAAGUAGAGGAGAUUCAGAAGGCCAUGUUCUUGGAGAAUGAAAGCAUAGCUACGGCCCCAGCUGCACACAGACACAAAGCAUAUGAUGAUCAGGAUGGUAGACCAAGCCCUGAAGGGCCAAAUUCCACUCCAAGAAAGAGUGUUCAGCGAGGAGUAUUCAUAGAUUUUGGAUCUGCAAAACAACGCCAAGUUACCGGCCAAAUCUCAGACAAACAGAAAAAGCGCAGUUUGGAAAUCCUACGACUCAUCGACUUAGAUUUUUCCUCUACUUUUUCUUUAUUGGACCUUCCUCCUGUAAAAGAGUAUGAAAUGUACAUCCGGAAUUUCGGGAAGACCAAUACAAAGCAGGCUUAUGUGCAGUGCAAUGAAGAUGCUGUUGAAAGAGAUAUUCAAACUGAAGAAAUAGAUCUUGAAGAAAAGUGGACUCAGCAUCCAGGAGAGGGCGCUGUUGUCUGUGGAGGCCACAAAAACGAUUCUGUACAAGGCACAGAGGCUGUAAGCAAAGUGGACUCACAGCGACUGACGGCGUUCCUUCGAUCUGCAUGUCAGGUCAUCACUGUUCUGCUAGAAGAGAAUCAUGCUGAAGAGCAAUCUAAUUACAAGGUUCAGGCUAAAGACCCUUGCCUGUCCAUCAGCGAGAGCUGCUUCCAUUUAAAUACCAGCCUACCUUUUCUCCAAGGUCGGAGUGUGUACCGACUGCAGUUUUCGGAAGCACAGAGGCACAUGUUGCUUACUGUGCAUGGAUUGGGUGACAGCGCUGAGUCUACCAGCCUGUGUGAAAAGUACAUCAUCUGCGUAUGGAAUAUAUGGCAGCCUUCCACUCCCCAGAAAAUCCUUGUUUGUGAGUCUGAGGUCAGAUGUUGCUGUUUCAGCCCAGUAAAGGCAUCUCUGGUGUUUGCUGGUACUGUGGAUGGUUCUGUUCUGGUAUGGGAUCUACGGGAGGACUUUAGUAUGCACCAGACUAUGGGGAUUGAAGACACCAACUGGACCUUUAGGUCUGCUACGUUUUCUACAGAUGCCAUAUUUACUGAAGUGAGUCACACACACCCAGUAAAGGCCGUAGAACCAGUCCCAAGUUUAGAGACAAAGGACCAUGGAAUUUCUUCUCUGUCGUCCUCUGAAGAAAUGUCAGGUUUGUCAUUUCAAGUUGCAUCACUAGAUGAAAGUGGCCAUCUUAUUUUGUGGGUAGUGGUGGAGCUAAGAAAAGCUGAUCUUGCUGGUUCACAAAGUGACCUGGGUUUAAUCCCGGGAGGGAAAGUGAAGCUGGUACACAGCUCAUCUAUACACCUUAGUGACAAAUUUUUUCACAAAGGUGUUCUGAUGCUGGGAAGCCCACAAACUUUGAGUAUUAAGUUUCUUCCUCGGGACUUCAAUCAUUUUGUCAUUGGAACCGAUAUUGGUUUAGUUACUCAUGGAACACGAUAUGGAUUGAUAGAGCCUCCUAUGCAAUACACGCCUCUACACGACAAGCUCAGGCCGUCACAGGUCACAGCCAUUGAUUUCUCACCAUUUGGAGCUGCUGCGUUUUUGGCAGGAUGUUCAGAUGGCUCCAUAAGAUUGCACACAAUGAGCACAGAGUUCCCAGCGAUGCAGUGGAAUGACAGCACUAAUGGCCAGUCUGUUACGGCGCUACAAUGGUCCUUCACUAGACCCACUGUGUUCUUUGUCCUGGAUGCAGCAUCUUCCAUCUACAUAUGGGAUUUGUCACAGAAUGAUUUACAUCCAAUCGCCAAAGAAUCCAUUACGCCUGACAAUGCGCUGUGUAUGUCGGUGUUUGGAGAGCCAGAAAAGAACAAUAGCAUAAUGGGUCUGGCCUUGGGCAAAUCUUCUGGAAAAGUGGAGAUCCAAUAUAUUAAGAAGAAAAUAGCCAAGAUCCAGCCACAAGAGUUAGACAAGUUGCAUCUCAUUUUACAUGAGAUUUGAUAAUGAUCUGCAGUAUGAAUGUCAGCAGUGUAACCAAUACCUUGUACAGAACUCAAUUUAUAUUUUGCGUCCACAUAAAAUAAUUUAUUCUAUGUUUUUCAGAAAUAUACGGUAUAUUUUUGUAUUGCG